CACGUCGCCAACUUGAAGAAGCGGACCCAGUGCUCCGACUGCCACCAGUUCGGGCAUUGGCAGGGCGAUGAUGUUUGCCCCCGUCGGUCGAGCCGGAAGCCUACAUCAGUGUCUCCAGCAAAGAAGCCCGCUCAGAACUACUUCGCGCUCGAGGAGCACGGGGACAACGACGACGACAGCGAGCCGUCCGAGGUCUUCAUGGUUCUGAAGGGCGAGAUGGAGCACGUCUGCGAGCACGUGGCCGACGACGCCUGCGAGAAGGUCGUCCGCGGCGCCAACAAGACCACCAGGUGCAUCACAUGCAGGGAGUGCGACCGCCAUUUCACGCUCGCCCACCGCAACAAAGGGUUCGAGCUGUGGAGCUACUUCAUGAAGGCCCUGAUGGGCACGAAGUGGGGCCGCUUCCUGUCCCGCAAGGAGUUCGCGAGGCGACGGACCACGUGCACCUACACUGGCGGCCGCAUCUGCGGCCAGUUCUGCGAGGCCGAGUGCUACUGGAUCAGCGCCGGCGACCCCGAGCCGAAGCCGGGACCGGAGCUGGCCUUCCUGUACGGCAUCCCGCUUCACCACAGCAUCGAGCUGGUGGAGUUCCCGGAUCUCGACGGCGUCGACCAGCUCAACACGGUCCCGUACCCAGCGGAGGUCAUCAACUUCGGCACGCACAAGGGGCGAACCUUCCAGGAUGCGGCGUCCGACCCGGCACUCAUCUGGUACAACAAGUGGGCUCUGGACCAGGUCUUGGGCCCCGAGGCGGAGGAGAUCAACCUCCACUUGCACCGCUACGCGUAUUUCCUCUACGCCAUUGUGAAGAUCGCGCGUGGCAAGUUCAACGUUGCCCCGCAGCAGCAGCAGAUGAUCGACGGCGACAAGAGGAGGCUCCCCGCCGACAACGAUUGGAUGGAGGUCAACGCCGGCGGCUUCACCAUCCCGAUUCAGCCCAACAUCCAUCAGCCGGAUCAUCUCUACCUACGAGUGCUCGGUCAUGGCCGCCACUACCGGAGCACCACGGCGGUCCGUUUUCCCGUGGGCAUUGGAGGAAAGUGUGGCGAGAUUCUGUCGUGUGAGGUGCCGGGCGACUGCCCGAUGCUGCUCAGCAGGGACAUGCUCACCAAGCUUGGGCUGAGCAUGCGGCUUUCCACGGAGGGCGACGUCGCCGACUUUGUCAACAUUGGCGUCUACAACCUGAAGCUCCACUACACUAAGGUGGGCCACCCGGCGGUCAACCUCCUUGACCUGCCGGACGAGAGUUACGAGACGGCCGAGUGGGCGGCGCUGACGAUGCCCGAGGAUCACCACCUCGAGUACUACCCCGAGAAGUUCCACGUCGGCAUCACCUACGUCGAGGAGAGCUCAGUUGAGCCUCUCCCCAGCUUCCUGGACAUCGAGAUCGGCGAGACUACGGGCGACGAGUGCCUCCAGACGGUCGUCGACCACGACUACGGACCGGACGUCUUCGCCGCCGAGGCGAUCGAGUGGGGCGGCAAGCGCAACCUCACCAACAAGAAGUCCAAGAAGGUCGAGCAUUCCCUGCAGGCCAUUGCCGUGCAGGAUGAGGUGGUGCAGGCCGUCGUGGAGAAGCAUCCGCCCAGGGCCCGGCUGCCUGCAGGUGCCAGGACAUGGGUCAAGCAGACCUACGCUGGCCAGAUGGGUUUGACAGUGCUCAUGGCCGCGAUGGGCCUCUCGGUCGGCGUCCCACUGGACAAGCACACGGGCUGGGACGCUACCACCAGGCUGGGCAGGCAGAGGUACGACGCGGAGAUCACCAACGAGGAGCCGUGCUGCCUCGUGGUCUCGCACCCCUGCUCGCCGUGGGGCAACUGGAGCAGAUUCAACAUGGCCCGUUGCCCGGGGACCGAGAGGAAGAUCUUGGCCAAGCGCGAGGCGAACCGCCCCAUUCUCAGGCAGGUGGACUCCUCAGUGGACAGCCGAGUGCGGAGGGGCUUCCACGUGGCGCUGGAGCACCCCCAGGGCUCCGAGGCCUUCGACCAGCCGGAGAUGUCAAGGACGGUCCAGACCUCCGUGGGCAAGUUCGACUACGACGACGGACGAGACUGCGGGGACACCCGUACUGGGCAGCCAUGGCGCAGCCAGCGCCACCGCCUGACCCGAACGUGCCUGAGCCUGCUCCUCCUCCAGCUGAUCAAGAAGCUGUGGGGGAGCCACCACCUCCGCCCGCCGUCGACCCCGACGGCGAGCGAGCCCGAGAGCUCCACGUCAAACGUGACGCUGACCAGGCUGUUGAGGCGCCGAGGAGUCAAGCCGGAGGUGCUGAAAUACGUGGAGUUCUUUUCCUGCGACGCCUGUGGCGACGCCGUCCGUCGGCGCGCCCCACGACCUUCGCGGUUGCCAGGUCAGUACGUGUUCAACUACACCAUCCAGCUGGACACCUUCCACGCCUACGACGCCGCCGGGACCCCCUACUUCUUUAUGAACUGUAUCUGCGAGGGAACGAACUUUCAAGUCGUGAACUGCAUGGGCCCGGCUCGUGGAUCACCGACAGCACGUGCCACCAGCAAGGCGUUCACUACCAGCUGGACCCCGUGGGCUGGCUACCCAGAGAAGCUCAUGGUGGACCUGGGCAAGGAGUGGAUGAAGGAUUUCGCCUCCAACGCGAAGGCGCAUGGCGUGCAGGUCGACCUGGCCCCGUUGGAGACGCCGCACCUCAUCGGCAAGUGCGAGCGCCACGGGGGCAUUUGGAAGGAGAUCUGGCGACGGACUGUCGCCGACUCGCAGGUCACAGGACUGGACGACGUCGAGGAGACUGCCUCCAUCGUGACCCAGGUCAAGAACGAGCUGGGCCGACGCGGGGGGUUCUCCCCUUCGCAGUGGGUCUUGGGGUCUCAUGGGCCCCGUGUCCCAGGAAGCCUCCUACAAGACGACGAGGCGCAGCGGUUGGUGGUCAUCGAGGCGUCGCUCGACCCCCAGUCUGCCAUGGCACGCGCCAUGGCCCUGCGCGAGGCGGCCCGCAUCGCGCACGUCCGCCUCGACUCCGACGACCGCGUCAAGCGCGCCAUCCUGCGCAAGGCGCGGCCUAGCCGAGGCCCUUUCAACAUUGGGGCCAUCGUGUACUUCCGCCGGUCGCAGACCCGAGUCGGCGAGAGCCCCGAGGUCACGCACCGCUGGUUUGGGCCAGCCCGGGUUAUCGGGCAUCAGGUGCGCGACCCACGUCACCUCUCUCGCGACACGGACGAGCCCGUCGGCACACUGGCCCAUGCAGUGUGGCUGCGCUACGGACACACCACCGUGCUCGCAGCUCCUGAGUCGCUCAGGUUCGCCUCCGAGGACGAGCUGCUCGCCAUGCACACCUACGUGAACCCAGACCUGUUGUCCCUUCGGUCACUGAAGGGGGCCAGGCACUACAUCGACAUCCGGGCCGAUGCAGCAGCAGCCUCGCCCGCCCCGAUGCCCAGGCCGCAACAGCGCGCGGCUGGUCACGGAGGGGUGGUUGGGGGCGCGCUCGGAUCUGCCGGGCCAGGACCUGACGUAAAUUUCGAUUUCGACGAGUUCAACACCGAGGAGGCCAUCGACAAGCCGGUGCCCCAGGAUGACGAGGCUGUCGACAAGCCGGUGCCGGACGACGAGAUGGGCGUGGGCCUGGAGCGCGAGGAGAAGCGCAGAGGCUUGUCACUUACCCAGCUGGACAGAGCCAUGCGCGAUCCGGAGCGUCUGGAUCGGGGUUCCAUCAAGAAGCCUCGUACCUUCCAGGGCUACGUGGAGGAGGAGCUCAGCGUCAUGGAGGAUGCCCUCCACGAAGUGUUCCUCACCAGCGACUAUAAGCCGGACCUGGCUGUCGCCUACGAGUGGCGUCGCACCGACUACGGACAAGCAGACAUCAAGACAGGCAUCGUGAUCGAUGACAUCGACGUCAGAGGUCUUGCUCUUCGCGAUGCUCGCCUUCGUCGGCCUCUGCCUGGUGGCACCACCGCGGCCGAGACCAUCUUCGUUCACGCCGACGAGGACGUGGGCACGAACGACACAGUCGAGUUCGCCUAUCUCACCAAGGGCGCGGUCCGCUCCGAGAUCAGACUUCAAGACCUCGCCCCAGAGCAGAGGAAGGAGUUCGAUCAGGCUAUGGCCAAGGAGUGGCGCAGCUGGACUGAGUUCCAGGCCGUCGAGGUGCUGAGCUUUAGCCAGGCCAAGGAGCUCCUCGACAGGGGUGCCUCCCCAGUUGGGACGCGCUGGGUCCACACGGACAAGAACGCUAAGAAGCGCAACCUCAAGCAGACCUACGACGACAUCCCGCUCGCUGCCAAGAGUCGGCUCGGGGUGAUAUCCGAGGCGACGCUCCUACUGCUAGCCUUUUGGCUUUCCACCUGGUCGCCAGCUACGCUGCCUCCCACCGGUGGCAAAUAA